AUUUGACGAGCGACACCUACGGGGUCGUGCGGCAAAAACUUUCUCUGUCCGCGGGCGCCACUGCAGCGACACCUGCCGUGUGGCUCCAACACUAUUGGCUCAGUCUGUGCGCCCACGCCGUGCCGCGAACACUGAUCCUACACAUUGUUCAGCGUUCCGAUUGUAGUUGGACCACAUCUGCUGCUAUGCCACGGGCCAAGUCGUCGGCGGGCCGUGCCCCGGCACGCCCCCUGCCAGCGCCACGGACGGACGCGCCGCGACGCGCCACUACGAGACGCUCCGCGGCGGCCGCGGCCGCGUCUGGCGCUGGUGCCACGAGCCGCCGCACGCCCGCUGCUGCGGCGAGGCGACAGGCCGCAGUGAUGGCCACCACUCCGCCCAAUCCAGGGCGGGGCCAUGCUGCUACAACGUCGGCCGCCGCCGCCUCGCCCCCUGACGCCGCGGUCAUCGACCCCGCCGCUCUUCAAACAAUGGUGGGCGACAUGGUCCGGGCCGCCGUCGCCGCCGCUCUACCUGCCAGCGAGCCAUCACCGCCGGCGACGGUCGCCGUGCAGCGCGGUCCGGCACAGCGUCUCCAGGAUGGGCCAGCUGCCCAUCUGACGUCCGCCGACCACGCCUACACGCCGGCUGCCGAACUGCAAGCCGGGCCAAUGGCGCUCCCGGCGGUUCUCUCCGGCGCCCCUCCGACCGCCGCCGGCCCUGCUCCACCUGCGCACCUGCCAGCGGCGCAGUUGCCCGUCGCCGGCCGUCCGCCGGCACCGGUGGAAAAUGCCGCAGGUGACGACCUAGCGGCCCGCGCUGCCGUAUCCCCCGCGGUGGCGGCCCUCAUCGUGUCCCAUCAAUUCAUUGACCUAAACACUCUCCUCAACGACUCUAUCCCCCCGGCAGAACCAGGGCUGUUUUGCCUUAUCGACGGCCGUCUCCGUCCCUCGGUACAGCGCCGCCCAAUCCCGCAUUUCGGCGCCUGGGCCACCGCGUUUCUUCGAUACGCGGCCGUGUACUUGGCUGCCCACCCCGCUGACGCCUCCGGUCUGUUGCGCCACAUGCAACAAGUGUCCUCGCUGCAGGCGCCCGGCCUUGGAUUCGCGUGGCGCGAUUUCGAUGAGGCCUUUCGGCGCGCACGGGGCCUCUGCCCGGAAGCUCACCCAUGGGGCUCCACGGCGGCCACGUCUCCCAUUUGGCUCACCGCAAUCGCUCGCGGAAUCGCCGGUUCUCGGGCCGGGUCUGCAGCCGGUGUAAGCGGCGAGGGUCGGGGCGGCUCUAGCCGGCCGGCCGCCGCGUCUGGCUCUUUUCGCGCGCUCUGCCUCGGCUACAAUCGCGCCGCCGGGUGCCGCCGGUCCCCGUGCCUGUUCCGGCACGAGUGCCGCCUCUGCCGUGGCCCCCAUAGCGUGCUCGCCUGCCCUCGCCGCGCCGCCCCGGCCCUCCCCGGCACCCGCCGCCCCGGCCGCGAAUGACUCCCUCACUCCGCCGGUAUCAGUCCCGCCCGACCACCUCGCGCUGCUCCUGACAGGUUACGACCCCGCCCUGGCCGCGCAGCUAGUGCACGGUUUUCGCUACGGCUUCCCGCUCGGCAGCGCCGAGGUCCCCUCUGGUGACUCGGGCGGCAACCUUCCAUCCUGCUCUCUGGCGCCGGAAGUCGUGGACGCAUAUGUCGCGGCUGAGACGCGCGCGGGUCGGAUAGCCGGUCCUUUCUGUCCCGCGCCGCCAUGGAUCGUCCGUUUUUCUCCCAUUGGUCUAAUCCCCAAAAAGUCUCCGGGCUCGUUUCGGGUCAUUCACCACCUGUCAUUUCCCACCGGCGUUUCCGUCAACGAUUUCAUUCCCCGGGAGCGCACAUAUGUUCAAUACGGGUCGGUGGACGAGGCUCUUCGCCUGAUUGGGUCCUUCCAACGCCCCUACCUCGCCAAAACCGAUAUUGAGAGUGCAUUCCGCAUCGUGCCCGUCCGCCCGGCGGACGCCGCCAUGCUCGGUUUCCAUUGGCGGGACUGCGCAUACGUGGACCUUUGCCUUCCUAUGGGCUGUGCCAGCUCAAUCAGCUAUUAUCGGUGGAAUCCGUCGUGCGUGGCAUGGGAGUGCGUGCCCCUGCUCCGGGAGGCAGUGAGGUGGAGGGAAGUGCAGUGCAGCAGUGCAGUGAAGUGAAGUGAAGUGCUCCGGGGCCGGGUGGUACAUGAGCAUUUGCCACCAACACAUGCCACCGACACCGACGUUGAUCAACUUUG